CUGAAGCGAUCAACGAGAGUGCUGAUGCAACCAUCAGCGAGCUCACAGAGGAGGUGAAAUGCAAUGUUGCUCUUGCAGACGAGGAACCUCAUGAAGAGCAUGUAACAGUAGCUGAGACAGCAGUUGAUGUACCACAAGCACAGGAGCUGGAACUAGAAGAGAUCAAGAAUACUGAACCUGUUGAGGUGGAAGAAAAGAUGUCAGCAAGUGACAUGCAGGCAGAAGAGGUGAAGGACACUGAAGCAAUCAACGAGAGCGCUGAUGCGAAAAUCAGUGAGCUCACUGAGGAUGUCAAACCUAAUGUUGCUCUUGCAGACGAGGCAGCUCCUGAAGAACAUGUAAUAGCAACUAAGGCAACAGUUGACAUACCACAAGCACAAGAUCCAGAACUAGAAGAAAUCAAGAAUACUGAACCUGUUGAAGUGGAAGAAAACAUAUCAGAGAGUGACCUGCGCGCAGAAGAGGUGAAGGACGCUGAAGCCAAAAAAACAGAAGCAAUCAAUGAGAGCACUGAUGCAAACAUCAGUGAGCUCACUGAGGAUGUGAAAAGUAAUGUUACUCGUGGAGAUGAGGCAGCUCCUGAAGAGCUUGUAACAGCAACCGAGGCAACAGUUGAUAUUCCACGAGCACAAGAGCCAGAACUAGAAGAGAUUGAGAAUGUUGAACCUGUUGAGGUGGAAGAAAACACAUCAGUGAGUGACAUGCCGGCAGAAGAGGUGAAGGACAUUGAAGCCAAGGAAACUGAUGCAAUCAAUGAGAGCAGUGAUGCAAACAUCAGUGAGCUUACUGAACAUAUGAAAAGCAACGUUGCUCUUAUAGAUGAGGCAGCUCAUGAAGAACAUGUAACAGUAGCCGAGACAACAGUCGAUAUACCACAAGCACAAGAGCCGGAGCUAGAAGAGAUCAAGAAUACUGAAGCAGGUGACCUGUCAGCAGAAGAGGUCCAGGAAAUUGAACCCAAGGAAACUGAAGCAAUCAGCGAAAUGACUGAUGCAAACAUCAGGGAGCUCAAUGAGGAUGUGAAAAGCAAUGUUGUUCUUGCAGACGAGGAACCUCAUGCAGAACAGGUAACAGUAGCUGAGAGAACAGUUGACAUACCACAAACACAGGAGCCAGAACUAGAAGAGAUCAAGAAUACUGAACCUGUUGAGGUGGAAGAAAAUAGAUCAGCACGUGACCUGCAAGCAGAAGAGGUGAGGGAAACUGAAGCAAUCAAUGAGAGCCCUGAUGCAAACAUUAGCGAGCUCACUGAGGAUGUGACAAGCAAUGUUGCUCCUGCGGACGAGGCAGCUGAGCAUGUAAUAGUAACUGAGGCAACAGUUGAUAUACCAGAAGCACAAGAGCCAAAACUAGAAGAGACCAAGAGUACUGAACCUGCUGAAGUAGAAGAAAACAUAUCAGCAAAUGAUCUGCCAGCAGAAGAGGUGAAGGAUACUGAAGCCGUGGAGACAGAAGCAAUCAACGAGAACACUGAUGCAAACACCAGUGAGCUCACUGAAGAUGUGAAGAACAAUGUUGCUCUUGCAGACGAGGCCGCUCCUGAAGAACAUGUAACAGUAGCUGAUGAUACAGUUGACAUGCCACAAGCACAAGAGCCAGAAGUAGAAGAGAUGAAGAAUACUGAACCUGUUGAAGUGGAAGAAAACAUAUCAGCAAGUGACCUGCCAGCAGAAGAGGUGAAGGACACUGAAGCAAUCAACGAGAGUGCUGACGCAAACAUCAGCGAGCUCACUGAGGAGGUGAAAUGCAAUGUUGCUCUUGCAGACGAGGAACCUCAAGAAGAGCAUGUAACAGUAGCUGAGACAGCAGUUGAUAUACCACAACCACAGGAGCUGGAACUAGAAGAGAUCAAGAACACUGAACCUGUUGAAGUGGAAGAAAACAUAUCAGCAAGUGACCUGCUGGCAGAAGAGGUGAAGGACGCUGAAGCCAAAGAAACAGAAGCAAUCAACGAGAGCACUGAUGCAAACAUCAGUGAGCUCACUGAGGAUGUGAAAAGUCAUGAUACUCGUGCAGAUGAGGCAGCUCCAGAAGAGAAUGUAAUAGCAGCUGAGGCAGCAGUUGAUAUACCACAAACACAAGUGUCAGAACUACAAGAGCUCGAGAAUGUUGAACCUGACAAGGUGGAAGAAAACAGAUCAGAAGGUGACCUGCCAGCGGAAGUGGUGAAGGAAAUUGAAACCAAGGAAACUGAAGCAAUUAACGAGAGCACUGAUGCAAACGUCAGCGAGCUCACCGGGGAUGUGACAAGCAAUGUUACUCCUGCAGACGAGGCAGCUCCUGAAGAGCAUGUAACAGCAACUGAGGCAACGGUUGAUAUUCCACGAGCACAAGAGCCAGAACUAGAAGAGAUCGAGAAUGUUGAACCUGUUGAGGUGGAAGAAAACACAUCAGCUAGUGACAUGCCGGCAGAAGAGGUGAGGGAAACUGAAGCAAUCAACGAGAGCACUGAUGCAAACAUCAGUGAGCUCACUGGAGAUAUGAAAAGCAACGUUGCUCUUAUAGAUGAGGCAGCUCAUGAACAUGUAACAGUAGCUGAGACAACAGUCGAUAUACCACAAACACAAGAGCCGGAGCUAGAAGAGAUCAGGUAUACUGAAGGAGGUGACCUGUCAGCAGAAGAGGUCAUGGAAAUUGAACCCAAGGAAACUGAAGCAAUCAGCGGAAGGACUGAUGCAAACAUCAGCGAGCUCAAUGAGGAUGUGAAAAGCAAUGUUGUUCUUGCAGACGAGGAACCUCAUGCAGAGCAGGUAACAGUAGCUGAGAGAACAAUUGACAUACCACAAGCACAGGAGCCGGAACUAGAAGAGAUCAAAAGUACUGAACCUGUUGAGGUGGAAGAAAAUAGAUCAGCAAGUGACUUGCAAGCAGAAGAGGUGAAGGAAACUGAAGCAAUCAAUGAGAGCCCUGAUGCAAACAUCAGCGAGCUCACUGAGGAUGUGACAAGCAAUGUUGCUCCUGCAGACGAGGCAGCCCCUGAAGAGCAUGUAAUAGCAACCGAGGCAACAGUUGAUAUUCCACCAGCACAAGAGCCAGACCUAGAAGAAAGCAACAAUACUGAACCAGUUGAAGUGGAAGGAUUCAUAUCAGCGAGUGACCUGCCGACAGAAGAGGUGAAGGAGACUGAAACCAAGGAAACUGAAGCAAUCAAUGAGAGCACUGAUGCAAACAUAAGUGAGCUCACUGAGGAUGUAAAAGGCAAUAUUGCUCAUGCAGAUGAUGCAGCUCCUGAAGAACAUGUAAUAGCAGAUGAGGCAGCUCCUGAAGAACAUGCAAUAGCAGCUGAGGCAACAGAUGAUAUACCACAAGCACAAGUGCCAGAACUAGAAGAGCUCGAGAAUACUGAACCUGUUGAGGUGGAAGAAAACAAAUCAGCAACUGACCUGCCAGCUGAAGAGGUGAAGGACACUGAAACCAAGGAAACUGAAGCAGUCAACAAGAGCGCUGAUACAAACAUCAGCGAGCUCACUGAAGAUGUUACUCUUGCGGAUGAGGCAGCUGCUGACAUACAAAUCGAUGUACCACCAGCAAAGGAGCCAGCACUAGAAGAGAUGGAGAAUAUUGAACCUGUUGAAGCACAAGAUGGUAUAACAUCGGAUAAUGUCCCAGCAGAAGAGAUAAAUGACACUGAAGCCAUGGAGACUGGAGAAAUCCCUCAUGAGAGCACAGAUGAUAGUUUGACAGCAAGUGCAGCACUUCCUGAUAUUCAACAAGUCCCAGAACAAGAAGCAGUUGAAGAUAAGGCAUGCACUGACACCACAGAAAACCAAGGGGAACCUCAACAAAGCAUUGUUUCUACUUCUGCUGAGCUUACUCCAACAGAAGAAGAAACAGCAGUAGUAGAGCAUACUCAAGAUACACAUGUACAGAAUGCCGGCAGUGAACCGGGAAGUGACCCAAAUUUGCUUGUCCAAUCAGCACAUCAAUCAGAAUUAGCUGAAGACAGCAAGGGUCAACUUGUAAAGGCAGAAGAAACAGGCCAAAGUAAUGGUGCCACCCUUGAAGAACCAGCUGCAGAUGACAAUGCCGCAAAUGAAAUCGGCCCGCUUGCUGAUUCUAAACAAGAGCGUGGACUAGAAUCAGCGGAAGAAAACAAAUGUAUUGAUGCUACUGAAGGUGAAGAGGGCUCCCAUUUAAGCCAAGAUCCUGGUUUAGAGGAGCCAGUUUCAGAACGUGAUAUAGCAACAGUUGAGCCAACUUCUGAUAUUCAGCAAGUAAAUGACAUGGAUGAAGCAGAAGAAAUGGCGGCCACUGAACCCAUCAACGGGGAAGAAAUUUCCUCUCAAAAAACAGAAGUUGCUACUUUGGAGGAUCCAUCUCCAACAGAUAAUGGAACGGUGCCAGAACAAAAUCCUAUUGAGUUAGACGAAGAGAACUUGGGAAAUGAAAUCAGCAAUGCAAUCUUGGCGGAUGAAGACAUCAAAGAGGAAAUACAAGAGCCAACAGAACAAAAGGACGAAUCAUCUGACUUGGGUGAAAAAACUGCUUUCACAACUCAGAAGGACGAGAGCGCUACUGAGGAAGAUGUUGUACAAAUUUCUGGUGAAGAUACAGUAGGGACUUCAAACAAUAUUGAGCAAAUCAAAGAACUGCCAAAAUCUGUAAUUGAACAUAAUGCGAUAAAAAGUGGUGACCAUACCGAUGAUCAAGAUGACGAGCAACUUCACAAUGUGGAGCUUCAAAUGCAAGUGUGUGAGCGGUCAGUGGAUUUAACCACUGAGCAGCCAGAUGACCACGUGCAAAAGGUUAACUUGGAUCAGCAGAAGAAAGAAGAUGAGGCGAUUGAAAAGCAAACGGAAGAAAUACAGACAGAUGAGCAGAAACAUGAUGACAGUAGGGCUGAUUUCACCACAGAGACAAUAUUGGAGCCCCAGAGCAACGAAAUUGACACAACAAAUAGGAAAGACAACGCUGAUGUGUUUGAGGCUGAACAAACAGAGGCAGUGACUACUGAAAUGCUCAAGAAUGAACAAACCCUACAUAUAGCCCAAGAAUCCAUUCCAAGCGUUACAGAUGUGAAGGUUGAGAACUCCACGGAAAUAGAAGAAACAAUUGAACAAGAAGAUGCACCCAACAACACUGGCACUUUAUAUACUGAUGCUGAUGCUGAAAAAUAUAACGAAGAUGAGAAGGAGAAUACAGAAAUAGAUGCAGCAGUAGCAAAAACUUCUACUGAUGAACAGGAUGGAACAACUGAUGAAACUAUAAAUGAAGAGGAUCCUACGGUGGUUCCUCAGAAUGUUGAAUCCAGAGUGCACUCAGAAGAGAAAGAAUGCAUAAACGCCAAUGAUGGUAUGCAGGCCAUUCAAGCAUCAGAAGAAGAGAUCGUUGAUGAAGUGGAAAAGGAAGAAAUACAAAAUGAAGACACCAAUGUUAAUCAUGAAGAAAUUGAGACCAAACUUGUCGAUGAAGAGGCGUCUGGACUGCAGGACUUGAGCUUUCAUCCAAAGGUUAUAGAUGACAAGUUGGCAACAGAGCAGAAUGGUGCACAAGUUGAAACUGACUCGAAUGAGGAAAUGGCGACUGGCUAUACUGCAGUCACUGAAUCAGUCAAACUCGGUGAAGCUAUCUACAAUAAGGCUGGUGGACCUGAUGUGGCACUAUCUGAUGAAAAUCUCGCCAUUGAGGACAACAGAAGGAAUCUUGAGGCUUCACCUGCAGUUACAGCAUCAGGAGAAAGUAUGAACGAAGACAAUGAACAUCAUAAGCCUGAUCUUCCCGCACACUCCGCCAUGGAUGGAAAUGAAACUGAACAGGCAUCUGGCUUAGAAGUGACAGAAAGAGAGUUGUUUCCAGAGAAGCCACUCCCCACCGGAUCAGAAGAGCAAGAAGAGAGUCAAAUAACCAAAGAACAAGAUGGAGAGAACGUACAAGAGCAAGAAACUGAUGACACAGAGAAAGAAGAAAAAGAAGCUGAGCAGAGUUAUUUGCCUGUCUCCCAUUUUCUGAUGAACCUGAUAAUGGGAAAAGAGAGCAAUGAGCCAGAUGGAAAUUCGGAAUUUAAGGCUGAAAAGAAGCAAGAAGAAACCACAAAAGAUGGCAGUUCUUUGAUCACCUCGCAACAGGAAGAAAGCUUGGGGCCAAUCCCAACAGAAAAUAAGGUGGACAAUGAACGCGUCUUUGAACAAGGAAAACAUAAUAUAGAAGGCUCUGAAGAAACACAUGAUAUCAAGCUGGAAAAGGAUGAAGAGCUCAAUAGGGACACUCAUGGUUUGGAAGCACCAGUAUGCCAAAACAAUGUCCAUGGUGAAACUUCUAGUGAAAUGGUACCUGGUGGAUCUGGCCUGACUACAGAAAUGGAAACUAGAGACAUCAAGCUGGGUGAAAAGGCAACCAAUUCUGUUUGUCAGGAACAUAUGGAAGCGACAACACAGAUUGAAGAAGGAAGCUUGAAGCUUCAUGACAUAACAAGCCCAAAGGUUUCUCAAGAGGACACAUUAGAGGAAGGAAUAACAGACCUUCAGCACGAGCCUUUACCUGAAAAUAGAAGUUCUGAUGCAGUGUCCGGGCAAACACUCUUGUUGACAGAACCAAAUAUGGGUGAUGAAAAGAAUUUGCCUAAUGACACUGACGAUCUUCAAAGUCCUCUGAGCACAAAAAGAGAAGAGUCCAAUGAAUCUUCCAUCACUGAGGCCGAAAGUACUGUAGAGGCAGAACUGGAGAAUGGAGUAGACAAGGAAGAAAAGAAUCAGCAGACAACCACCACAGGUGGAGUUACAGAAGAACAGAUAGAAAAUGAGCAUGAUAUCUCGCAGAAAGGCACAGAGGCAAUAUCUGAUGAGCAGAAGGGUGAAAUUACUGAACCAGUUAUGGGCAAUGAGAUAAAUUUGAUUCAUGAAAAGGGGAUUUCUGCAGGCUCAGAAUGCAAGGACGAAAAACAAAGCUCUAAGUUCUCAAACAGUGAACUAGACAACUCUGAGAAAGCUUUGGAAAUUCAGUUAGAUGGUUCCAGCUUGCAUAUAGACCAAGAUAAGCAAGAUGAAUCUGCAGGCGACCAAAUUGUGAUGGAGAAGAACAACCUGCAAGACAAUCCAGGAGAAUCUGAUUUGCAGAAGGUGCAGGAAACGGAAGUUGCACAAGAAUCUCCUGAAGAAUCUGAUGAAGGUGAUCAGAAUUCUUUGCCCAUAAGAGAGCCUGUGAUCAAAGAAGUGAAUGUAAACAAAACUGUUGAUAACCAUGUGCAAACAGUGGACACACAAUCACAGGAAGAGCAAGAAACAUUUAAUUCACAGGUUCAGGAGCGUGAUCUCGAUGUGGCUUCACCAGAAGAAGCUCCUGAGGCUGAAGAAAAAAUUGUGGAGUCAAAGCCAGAAUUCAGCACAGAUGAAGAACAAAGUCCAAAGAAAGAUGAAUCAAAUAUGGCAGGAGAGAAAACUUAUGAUGAGAAAACAAAGGGUGCACAGGAAGCUAAGAGUCUCACUGACGAAGCGAAAACCAAAGUUGAAGAACAAGGAGUAGUACAGAAGGCGUCACACAAUCAGAAACGUGAUCUCGAUGUGGUUUCACCAACAGAAGCUCCUGGGACUGAAGAAAAUGUUGUGGAUAUAAAAGAGCCAGAGUUCAGCACAGAUGAAGAACAAAGUCCAAAGAAAGAUGUAUCAAACAUGGCAGAAGAGAAGAGUUAUGAAAAGAAGACAAAUGGUGACGACGAAGCUAAGAAUUUCACUGAUGACGCACCAACGAAAAUUGAAGAACGAGAGGCAGGGCAGAAGGCAUCACCUAAAAAGCAUAAUAUCUUAUCUGGUGUCGGAUCAAAGGUAAAGCACCAACUAGCAAAAGUGAAGAAAGCUAUCAUAGGCAAGCCUGGGCACACAAAAUCUGAAUUACCAAAAGCUUGAGACUGCAUUCACCUUAGUGUGUGUAUAUUUUUGUUACUAUUUGUACAUUUGUAUGCUGUUUACUUGAGGUGUAGUAUGACCGUGAUGGUACUAGUAAACAUCAAGGUUUCGCUAUGGCCAUUGCAUUGAAAUGUUGUGUGAUUGAAGAACGAUUUGUAAAUACAGAUAGUGUGUAAAUCAAGGUUUGGUAAUUGUGAGUUUGAGGCA